AUGACGGGGCUAGUCGUAGUCGAGAGAGACGGCGGCGCUGCCACAGAUGUGGGGCUGCUCCACAACAAUACAGUCGAGGGAGGUCGCCGUUGUACGAAACAGCUUCCAUGGUGGGCUAGUCGCUGUGUUGACGGCGGAGGGCGCAGGCUCGGGGGAGGUCGCCGUCGUACGAAGCAGCUCCCAUGGCGGGCUGGUCGCAGUGUUGACGGCGAAGGGCGGAGGGGCAGGUUGCAGUCGGAUUCAGGUGGCGGAGGCGGGUGGAUUCCGACGAGGUUCGAUUUUGGGGACAAGAAGGGGGAGAUGGAGGGGAGGUUGUUCAACGGCGCCGUGUAA